GCUACACGACUCGGGCGUCUCGACAAUACCGGGUCAGUACUACGGUGCCUCGUGUAUCGCUCCUCUUCCCCCGUAGUCUCCUUCAUGGCGUCAUCCAGUUCUACAGACCCUGUCCUCACACCAACCCGUGUGCAGUCCUGGAAUCCUCAGCAGGUCAACACGCCACCCCAGUACCUCGGCAGAAAGACGCUGCCCAUCAAGCGCGCCGACGGAGAGCCUCUCACUCGCGCAGACAUUCAGUAUGACCUCCUCUAUUUCAUCUUUGCAGACCCAAGCCGGGUCUUUGUCGACUACAUGGCCCCUGGGAAACCGCAUGUCAAUUUUUGUGACCUCUAUGUCAACGCACUCUUCAACUCCAGCAAGUGCUCCAAGGUGCUCAAGGACAAGAUGGUCGAUACCCCAGAGUUUGCCAUCGAAUUCGCCAAAAUUGCGCUUUUAACAAACGUGGGCCGUAUUAAUACGACCAUGGCUUUUUUUCAUGAAAUGAAGACUCCCCUCCGCAGUUACCACCCGGUUCCUUCGCUGCAGAAGUCAGACGGCAAUCUGCAGGAUGCUCCGCGCAUCAAGAACUGUCUCAAAGCGGCCCUGCUUCCCUUCGAGUUUAAGACCCCUCCUCCAAGCACUCCCAAUGAAAUCCGUGAAAAGGCGCGCGCUGGGCAGCUUCCCCCGACCAGCGUCGUGAACCUCAUUUUCGUCCUUUCUAACGCACAGCAUGCUAUGCAAAUUGCCCAGACGCACUUUGAACCACCCGUAGAGUUUCUUGACCUUUUCCUUCCCAUCAACCUCUCCUCUGCCUCGCGUGCGAAGGCCUUCCUUUGGCUCGUGUACCAUUAUUUGUCGGCAUCAGACACUCCUAACCCGUUCGAUGACGACUACUCGCGUGCAAACCCAGGUAAGGUGCCGAGGAUGGUCAGUCUCUCGCGCGAGGAGACGCAACGAGAGAACGUCGACCCGUCGGAUGAAGUCGACUGGGGAAAGCAUAUGUCUUCUCUCCGGGUCAGGUUCCUGAAGGAGCUCAUGGACGAGAGCGAGGCUGAGAAGCGGCGCAAACGGGACGCGCAGAUGGUGCCUCCCGUCUCUUCGUCGUUCUCGGCGGCCAUGUAUUCAGGAGAUAUUACGAGCGGCCGACCCUCGCAGACUCAAGGUGCCGGUAGUUCUGGAGGCGAAGGCAGCAGGGGAUCGUCGUACGGACACGAGGUUCAAUCACAUCCCCAAGCCAUUCAGCAGCCCGUGCCUCGUCCUGCCGCUACCGUCGGGCCCCCGCAGGCAGGUGGAUCUGGACAAGAGGAUCAGUCGCAGGAUCGCACUAUGUUGCAGCACGCCUGGCACGUUGUACAAACGACCGAUCCCCUCGCUGAUUCAGACGGGGAGCAAGACGAGCACGUCAGACGGGAGUAUGGUAAGUCUCACUGCUGCCAUCUGCGCCGCGGCGGAACAGACCCGCUGAUAUCACCGCCUUACGCUCGCAGGCAAACGCCUGCGCAUCUUGUCUCGUCUCCGCGGCAAGGACCCGACACCCCCGCCCGGUGGCCCGGCGCCCGGCGUGCCCCAGUAUCAGAGCCAGUUUCAGGGAGCUAACCACGCGGGACCAAGCCAGGAAUCGACAGGCAGGCUGCGGCAGGUAACAUGGGAAUGAGAGUGCAGCGAAAAUGGUUGCGCACCCUUCCGUGAUGAACGUGUCGGCGGAAAGCCGCGUUGAAAUACAUAACCCCUUCGCGCCGAGAUAGAAUUGCCGCUAGACAUACACUGACAGCACAUCUCUGAAUUCUCUCACCGGUUGUCUUAUCCUACACAACUUGUACGUAACGUUUGCUCUCCGUACAGGUGGCUGGACGCCUGUCGGUUGUACAUAUCAUCCCCACGGGGCACGCGAUUUACCAUAGUGGCGUCAUGGCGGCGUGCCUGCCGCUAAAAACU